AUGGCCACAGAAAUGCUGGCAAUCACGGCGCCGGAAUAUACUGAUCCCUCUGGGUAUCAGCUCUCAACUGUACCAUGUCCAACAGUGACUGAUGCAAAAGAUGUCCUUGUUCGCGUCCAUGCCGCAAGCAUCAAUCCGGUGGAUGUGAAAAAAGCCGAUGGAAUUUUCAAGAUGGCAGUCAAGGAAACAUUUCCUUAUCUUAUUGGCUAUGAUGCUGCCGGUGUUGUGAUAGAAGUUGGGAAGGAAGUGAAAAAUUUGAAGAUUGGGGACGAAGUCUAUACCAGGUUACCCGAAGCCCAUCGUGGCGCAUGGAGUGAAUAUUUCAAAUGUCCAGAGCACUAUCUUGCUCUGAAGCCCAAGAGUCUGUCCUUCGCUGAUGCCGCAGCGUUGCCCCUUGCUGGGGUCACCGCCUUGCAAGUAUUGAGACAGUAUAAGGGCUCGCUGGAGGGCAAGACUGUAUUUGUACCUGGCGGAUUAAGCGGUACAGGAGCAUUUGCAUGCCAAUUGGCCAAGAACGUCUUCGGUGCUGGGAAGGUGAUCACCACGGUUUCGACCUCCAAAGUCCCUAAGGUCUCACAGCUGCUUGGCAAAGAUGUCGUGGAUGAAAGUAAGUCUCAAGCAAUUCGUUACCUCUGUGUUCUUUUGAUUCUCUCUAUUGACCUCCGCUCGGCAGUCAUUGACUACACCAAGGAUGACCCUGUAGAUGUUAUCCCAGCCCGUUCUGUCGACUUUCUAUUUGACACCACAGGCCAAGCUAUGCAAUUUCUCCAUCUAGUAGUCCCCACAACGGGACUCAUUGUUUCAAUUUCCACGAAACCCUCCGCUACCACUCUUCAGGCUUCGAGUGUUAUGCAGCGGCCCGACAAUCCUCGCAUUCCGCUGGUCGGGCGCGUGUAUCUCAAUGCAGGGGAUAUGUUGCGCCGGUUACGAGCCUGGCGCUGGAGCGUUGGCUAUAUGUAUUGGUUCCUUGAACCAAACGGCGCAGACCUAGAUACUCUCCGACAGUUUGUGGAAGAAGGGAAACUUGUGCCUGUGGUGGGGGCCAGAGUCGAUAUGCGGGAUAUUGACAAAGUAAGAGAGGCCUGCGGAUUGGUGUAUAAAGGGAAGGGAGGGCUUGGAAAGACGGUAUUUGAGGUCACUCAGACGUAA